AUGCGCUGCUGGGCGGGUGCUGCCUCUCUGCAGAGGGGGUUCCGCCGGUUUUGGCACACGCCACGCGUGUUUUGGAGUCUGUCGCCUCCGGCGAUGCCGUUGCUUUUCCCUGCGCAGCGUCGCCUGCGAUGUGGGGAGGGGCCUGCAUUCGCCCGGGUGUUGUACAACAGCUCCCGCAGAUUUUCCUUGGCGCCUGCAGCCAACAUGUGGUUUACAACGAUUGGGCGAAACUGGCGGGAACCGGGCCUGCGGGAAGGGGAGAGGCAUGAAACAACGUGGAAGUGGCAAUCAACGGAAACAGCGGAUACAGCACUGCAGGAGAUUGAGGAUGCCAUUGCCGCGCUUAGGAGCACCACCUUGCGACGCUACAACGAUGUCUUUAGCUUUUUGCCAUCGUCCGACUAUCGACACUCAAUGGUGAUGCUGCUUGGUAACCACAGCGCGGGCAAGUCGACAAUUAUCAAUUACCUUCUUGGUCGCACGGUGCAACGAACGGGAGUAGCACCGACAGAUGAUGGAUUUACCAUCAUUCAGCGUGGAGAGAGGGACAGUGAUGAGGACGGUCCUACGAGUCUUAGCGACCCGCGGUACCAGCUGCAGGAUUUGCAGAAGUUUGGAAUGCAUUUUGUGCACCGUUUCAAACUUAAGACGCGGCAGCUUACGCCCACGUCGCGGGUUCCACACGGGUUGAUGAUUGUGGACACGCCUGGCAUGAUUGACACCCCAAUCCACGUGAAGGACCGCACGUCGUUGGAAGGGCAACUGCGUGGGUAUGACUUUUUGGCGGUCACGCGAUGGUUUGCAUCUCGCUGCGACGUCAUUCUUCUUGUGUUUGACCCCGCCAACCCUGGCACCACUGGGGAGACGCUGGACGUCCUGACGAAGUCCCUCGCCGGCUUUGAACACAAGUUCCUGCUCGUGAUGAACAAGGUUGACAUGUUUGACAAGGCGACAGACUUUGGCAGGUCUUACGGGGCACUCUGCUGGAACCUUAGCAAGGUCAUGACAAUGAAAGACAUCCCGCGUAUCUACACCACGUUCAUUCCAGUAAAGACUGCCGCAACAGAGGAAUUGGAGGCCACCCCUGUAGCAAUCUCCACCUCCUCGUCGUCGUCGAGGACUCCAAUCACAACAGCUCCAACAGUGGAGACAUCAUCGACGGCAGCGGCGCCUUCGGUGGAAGAGAGGGCCUCCGUGGUGGCGAUGCAGGAGUUUGUGCGGGAACGAAAUGAGGUGUUGGAGGAGCUGCUGAAAGCCCCGUUGCGCCGCCUCGACAACCUCAUCACAGAGACCGAAGAGGGCGCACGACGGAUCCUCCUUGCGGGGCGCGUAUGCAACGCAAUUGUUUGGAAGUAUCGCCAGCAGCAAGCAAUCGCCGUUCUCGCACCUUCCGCUUUGCUGGGUUUGACCGCAUUGGUCAUUGCUGUUGGCGGGAUUAGCGGCACGACAAUGCUCACCGCCGGCGUCACAGCUCUCGCUGCCGCAGCCGCUCUCUACGGCUCCAUUAUUCGCCUCCAGCGCCUAGAACGUGAACUGUUCAGUGACAGUGACACAAUUGUGGACAGGCUGUUCAUUGGGCGGGAGAAAUCGUUAGAUCUCCAGUUGCGCUGGAAGAACAUCGUGAAACCGGAGCUUCUUGACUUGGCGUCCUCGUCAGCAACGGCAGGGAGGAGUGCCAUUGCGUCUCUCCCGACGCUCAGUCUGUGGGAACAGAAAAACAUUAAGUCUGGCUUGAAGCACGAUAUCGCCAGGCUGCGGCUGAAGGUGGCGGCGUACAAGAAUACGCGCCACAGCACAAGCGGCGGGCAUCCAGCAUCUGUGCCAUCACGAGACUGCUAG